UGUUAAAUACCAGCCAAGAGAUGGCAGUUUGAUAGAAACAAGCGGCAAUUCUUGCGAACACGCAUCCCACAUGUAACCUAAUUAUUUAACGUAAGAAAGGUUGUUAACAAUAAAUUUGGUGUGAUUGUUAUCGAUAGAUAUAAAAUGUUCGAAGCGCACAGCAUAAAUGCAGAACAUAAGGAUUUGAUACACGACAUAGCCUAUGAUUUCUAUGGGCAACGAAUGGCAACAUGCUCCAGCGACCAAUUCGUAAAGGUUUGGGAUGAGGACGAGCAUGAUAAUUGGUAUUUAACGGCAUCAUGGAAAGCGCAUAGUGGAUCAGUCUGGAAAGUAACUUGGGCUCAUCCUGAGUUUGGUCAAGUCUUGGCGACAUGCUCUUUUGAUCGAACUGCUGCAGUUUGGGAAGAAAUUGUUGGCGAACGUUCAGGGCCUGGAGAGCGUGGAAUGCAUCAUUGGGUGCGGAGAACGAAUCUGGUGGAUUCUCGUACGUCUGUAACCGAUGUAAAGUUUGCUCCAAAAACAUUAGGUCUUCUUCUGGCAACGUGUAGCGCUGAUGGAGUCAUUAGAAUUUAUGAAGCACCUGAUGUCAUGAACUUAAGUCAGUGGACUCUGCAGCAUGAGAUUAGUUGUAAACUACCCUGCAGUUGCGUGACAUGGAACCCUUCGUUAUCACGACUCCAUCCACCUAUGUUGGCAGUGGGAAGCGACGACACAAAUGUGUCUAGUGGAGGAAAGGUUUUUGUCUAUGAAUACUCGGAAAACAGUAGACGGUGGACGAAAACUGAAACAUUGUCAAAUGUAGUUGAGCCUGUUCACGAUAUUGCCUUUGCCCCAAAUUUGGGACGUAGUUUUCACACUCUGGCAAUAGCGACUAAGGAUGUUCGGAUAAUCACUCUGAAACCCAUGCAAGACUCAGCUCAGAGUGGUUUAUCUCGGUUUGAAAUAACAACUGCUGCCCAGUUCGACGAUCAUUAUUGCACGGUCUGGCGGGUGUGCUGGAAUAUCAUGGGGACGAUAUUAGCGAGUUCCGGCGACGACGGCUGUGUUCGAUUGUGGAAAGACAAUUAUGUAAAUAAUUGGAAGUGUGUCGCAGUAUUGAAGGGAGAUGGAACUUCGGCUCAGAGUGCCGAUAUACCACAGAUAGCUACACCCCCAAGUCACUCUACCGGAGCACAAGCGCCUCUCUCUACGACAAGGUACUACAAGUUAGGUUCCAUCAGUCAUCCUAAUCAAGUACCGUGGCAUUGAUUGAAAACGAUUAUUUUUCUCAUCGCGGGGUAAUUUUUAUAUACAUGAAAUAGUUUGUAUAGACGAUUGUUUCGAUCAUAUAAAAACCUUUAUGAUUUUUACGUUCGAAUAUUAAUUUUACAACAUGUAGUAGGGUAUACUACGGCGUUUGUUAUUGUCUGGAAUUUCUUUUCCCUUUUAUCGUUAGAAAUUAGUUAAUGAAUUGAGCACAAGAGUUUUGCUGUAAAGACUGAAUGAGCCAGUGAAAAGCUACUGAUGUGCUGUAAUGUUAAUCUAGCUGAAUGUAAUUUUUGUACAAAGUGAAUUUUUUUUUUUUUUUGGGGCGGAUUUUAAGAACGUAUUUUUAAUUUAUUGAAAAUAUAAAUGCAAUUAUCUACACUUCACGUCAAAUCCUCAGUACACCGAUCAUGUUGGUCCUGACUUCUAUAGUCUUGUCACAUUUAUUAAUUUAGUAUUAGUUUCACCGAUAUUUGUAAUGUAUAUGAAACCCAGUUUUUAAUAAAUAUUAUUCCUGUA